CAGACGACGUCGUUUUCUUCCGAACUUUCUUGUUCGCGAUAGUCACUGAGACGGCGGAUUGGGAAGCCGGAGGCGGAGAAAUUAGCUCCCGGAGUUGAGGUUUUAAGUAGGGUUACGGGUUGUCGGAGAGUUCGUCGGAAAAUCAGUUGGGAGGGCACGCCGCGGCCGCCAUGGAGUCUGCCCUCGCAAGCGCUUCCGCGGUAACGGACCAGAGGCAGAGGAUCGAGCGGUACAAGCACAUCCUAGCUUCUGUUCUCUCGUCGAACGAUAUCGUGCAGGCGAAGAAGUUUAUCGAUCACAUGCUCUCGGAUGAUGUUCCGCUGGUUGUCUCGCGGCAGCUGCUGCAGAAUUUCGCACAGGAGCUGGGGACAUUGAGCCCGGAGAUCCAGAAGGAGAUCGCUCAUUACACGCUAGCUCAAAUACAGCCUAGGGUUGUGUCUUUCGAAGAACAGGUAUUAGUCAUUAGAGAGAAACUUGCUGAAUUAUACGAGUCCGAGCAGCAGUGGUCGAAAGCUGCCCAAAUGCUUAGUGGCAUCGACCUAGAUUCGUGCAUGAGGAUGAUUGAUGAUACAUUCAGACUGUCAAAAUGUGUACAAAUCGCCCGCCUAUACCUUGAGGAUGAUGAUGCUUAUAAUGCAGAAGCUUUUAUUAACAAAGCCUCAUUCUUGGUUAGCAGCAGCCAGCAUGAGGUCCUUAACUUACAGUACAAGGUUUGCUAUGCAAGGAUUUUAGAUUUAAAGCGGAAGUUCCUGGAGGCAGCUUUACGUUACUAUGACAUAUCUCAGAUAGAAAAGCGGCAAAUAGAAGAUGAAGAAAUUGAUGAGGAAGCGCUUGAGCAAGCUUUAUCUGCUGCUGUGACCUGCACAAUUUUGGCUGCUGCUGGUCCACAACGGUCUCGUGUUCUUGCUACUUUGUAUAAAGAUGAACGAUGCUCAAAGUUGAAAAUAUACCCGAUAUUGCAAAAGGUGUAUUUAGAGAGAAUUCUGAGAAAACCUGAAAUUGAUGCAUUUGCUGAGGAACUUAAAGGGCAUCAGAAAGCACUUUUACCAGACAACUUCACUGUCUUGGAUCGUGCCAUGAUCGAGCAUAACCUUCUGAGCGCAAGUAAACUCUACAAAAACAUAAGCUUUCAUGAACUGGGGACUUUGUUGGGCAUUCCUCCUCCCAAGGCUGAGAAGAUAGCAUCGAGAAUGAUAUACGAGGAUAGGAUGAAAGGAUCCAUUGAUCAGGUUGAAGCUAUAAUACAUUUUGAGGAUGACACGGAGGAGUUGGAACAAUGGGAUCAGCAGAUUGUAGGAGUCUGCCAAGCCCUCAAUGAUAUCCUUGACAGCAUGGCUAAGAAGGGGUUUUCGGUUCCUGUAUGAUAUAGCUGCCAUAUUGUUCUCCAGGAGUAUAACGAAAAUGGCUUUACAUUUACGGGAAGAAGACUAUUAUUGGGGGCCUAUCUCUAUGAAUUCUCGUCCUGUUGGAUUAAUGAUUUAGCUAAAGAGAUACAGAUCAUGUACCAAGUACAAGGGUGAAUGCGAGCGACUCAUGGAAUGAAAAUUUUGAUUUAUAGCUGAAAUCUGUUCCAUAACGUGCUGAUGGCAUGUGCUUGUUGAAGCCAACUGUAUACCUUGUGAAUGGGAUUAAA